UGUACAUGCAAAUGAAAAUACUGCACAUCAGUCUACAAAUUUGAUAGAAGUUCAAAGGCAACAAAUAUAUGCAGCAUUGCUUGAGAGAACUAAUCGUGGAAGAUUAAAAAGGAAUGCCACAAACAUAGUAGCUCAAAUGUUCCAGGUCAGUAUACAUCAAGUACGACGUCUUUGGCGAAGAGUGAAGCUAUGUCGUGCACAAGGAAUACCCGUGGAUGUUAGAUCACAGAGGAAGAAUUGUGGCCACAAAAGGAUACAAAUUGAUCUAUCAGAUGUUCUUAAUAUUCCCUUGCAUAGGAGGAGGACUAUACGAUCUUUAGCAAAUGCUAUUGGUGUAAAGAAGAGUACCCUGCAUAAAUGGUUCAAGGAAGGCCUACUACGACGCCACUCUAGCACACUAAAGCCUUUGUUGACGGAAGAUAACAAGAAAGACAGGUUGCGAUGGUGUGUUUCCAUGUUAGAUCGCAGAACACUACCACAUGAACCAAAGUUCAUGGAUAUGUACAACAUCAUCCACAUGGACGAGAAGUGGUUCAACACCACAUCAAAGUACAUGAAGUAUUAUAUGCUUCCUGAGGAGGAGGAUCCACACAGGAUCGUGCACAAUAAGAAUCGCAUUGGUAAAGUUAUGUUCUUGUCAGCGGUAGGAAGACCAAUAUAUGAUGAUGCAGGUAAUUGUAUUUUUGAUGGGAAGCUAGGAGUGUGGCCAUUUGUUAGAAAGGAACAAGCAAGAAGAAAAAGUCGUAAUAGAGGAAGGGGGGCUGAAGUUACCAAACCUAUCAAGGUGGAUCGGAGUACUAUGAGGUCAUAUUUGAUUAGUAAAGUUCUAGACGCUAUUGUUCGACGCUGGCCUCGAGAACAUGCAGGGACAACCAUUUAUAUUCAGCAGGAUAAUGCCCCAUCACAUGUGCCAAUAAAUGAUGAAGAAUUUGCUACUGCUGUAAAACAGACUGGGCUAGACAUACGACUCAUCAACCAACCUGCUAAUUCCCUGGAUUUGAAUGUGCUAGACCUAGGGUUCUUUAAUUCUCUCCAAUCCUUAACCUAUGACAGGAUCUCUAGGAACUUGGAUGACCUAAUUGUGAAUGUAGAACAUGAGUUUGAAAAUUAUGAUCCAGACACUUUGAAUAGGGUGUUCCUGACGCUACAAGGAUGUUUGAUUGAGGUGAUGAAAGAUGGCGGAGGAAACAGAUACAAGAUUCCUCACAUCGACAAAGAUCGACUCGAGUCACUAGGCAUGCUUCCUAGAAGCCUUGGUUGUGAUAGGAAGCUAUAUGAGGAUGUGAUAGCAUCGUUGGGCAACUAAGUAAAUCAUGUCUGCUAAUGUUAUAAAUAAAGCAGGAGUCCUUGGUGAUGUUAAUCAUAUUUCGUACUGCUAUAAAUUUGGAAAUUGUAUAAUAUGUACUAAUGUUGUAAGUAGAGCAUGUGUACUUGGUGAUGUCAAUCAUGUGUGGUACUGCUGUAUAUUAUAAGACCUUUAUAAUGUACGUUUGUUUAUGUUUAACCAUGGGUAUC